ACCUGUGGGCGCGUUAUUUGGCUACUGCGUUACUGUAACAAAAACUCUAUAUCUAGUGUUCUUUCGCUUCCGCUCACGUAUAUUCUACUUCAAAAACUGUUAACACUGCUUGAGAAAUAUAAUUAACUGGACCUCCCAUUUUUUUGGAAUGGGUGAUGAUACUUCCAAGGUUUCCACAUCAUUUUAGUCAAACCCUGCUUCUAGGCUUUUCGAAUACUCAGUCUGUAGUUUACAACGCCCGAGAUAUCGUUGUUUCGCUAUCGAGAAACAUUACUUGUUGAUAAGUUUUAGAUAUAGAAUGAACUCCAAAUAAACAACUUUGUGUAUAAGCCGCAGUAUACAAGGUGACUACAAAGGCUAAGCAACCACGCGCUCUCAUAAAAGACAACUUGUUCGUCGUAUAUGAGAUCUGAUUGUUGUAUUUUAUGAGCUCCAGCUAAGCUUGACUUGAACGGUUCAGGUGGCUGACUUUGGUUCCUAAUUUUAGCUUUACUAAAUGCUCUUCUCAAUGCUACAAAUACUCCAUCACCUUAGGUUUUUGAUAAGACUUGUUAAAAAUCAGCGGGAUAUUCAAAUACAUCUCUGUUAUUGCUUUUAGGAUAUUGAUGUAAAUGGAAUUAAGACAGCACUUAUUACUAUAAAAUCUACUGCUAAAUAUCACAUACAGUAUUGAAGGGAAUAUAGUUCUAUUUUUGCCCGUGGAUCAAACUAUCUUUCGACCCAUCUGACACUUUUAUUAGGUUGCAUUGUCUUCCGAACAUUAUAAAGUACUAUAAAUGGAACCAAUGAAUUUUUUCCCAGCACCUUUUUCACUAGGAACAAGCGAUAUGACGGUUACAGAUGUUUUACCAGCACAUGUCGAUGUAUGCCCCCAGAAUGUCGAAAAGUCCAUUGUGAGCUGUCAAAUCGGUAAUGUGCUUUACAGUAGCAAGUUAAAGUCUCCUUUGAGGGAUUCUAAUUAUGCCACUAUAAUUUACAACAAACGAACAAAAAGCGUUGAAGUUAUUCACAAAAAGCCGGAGUUCCUUGAGCCUUGCUUUGAUGAUGACGUAAUUGAGGUCCCAAAUUCAGUGAAAGCUGAUAGAGCUACUCUCAUCAAUGCUUUCGGUUCUGUCAAAAAACAACGUGCUUUACGUGAAAUGGAAAGAAAUCAAACUCAAAAGAAUUCGGUGACCAAUGCUCAGGUGAUUGAUCGAGCUAUGCAUGGUCAAACCAAAUUAAAAUAUGAUAACGAUGCCAAUUUGAAUAAUCCUGACAACGAAAUGGAUUGUUCUAACUCUCAAACCGAUGAACGUCUCCGCCUUCUUCCACCAAUAGUCUUGAAAGCUUCUUGUCCUGCGGAUGUUUAUCCUUAUGAAAAAUUAGUUCCUCCUAGAAUUUCAGAAGCCUUAAAUUCGGAGGUACAACGUAUUAUAUCUGUUGAUGUCAAUUCGAUUGAUACUCUAAUAAAUAAGAGUAUUUAUCCGCAGUGGAUAAGGAAUAAGCUGUAUAACUUGUGUACAACUAAGUCUGAAGGUUAUACAAAACAUGUUACCGGUUUGGUGUUUCUCAGUCACAUGUUUGCUUUGUUUCACUUGCCUAACCGAGACCUGAUGCGCAAGGUUCCACUUCCAGAUACACCAAAUACUGUUAACAAAUAUCUUCUUACUCAGUUUACAGCAUCAGUUAGUCGGAAUGGUAUGGGACGUCUAAAAGUACGCGCAAUGUCACCAAUGCUUCGUGAUAAAUUGAUUACGCACAUGUUAGUCCUGAUACUUCAUUGUGACAAUUUCAAGACGAUGGUUGAUAGUUUGACUGUAGACUUCAAAAUCGGACGUGAAAGGCUAAUUGUUUUCCAUAUUAUUCACGUAAUUGCUAUGUAUUUGUAUCAUGCAAGUCAGCUGAUGAAUCAUGAGAUCCACUAUUUUUAGGAUAGCUCAUCUCUUCGCCGUUUUUCUCAGAGUCCAUAUAGGUGGAGUCUUCACCAGGUAUACUACAUUCCAUCAGCAGUAUGAAGAUAUCAAGUGCGAAAAUAGUGAAGACAUUUGGUGCUAUCAAGUCAAACCUUCUCAUCUUAUAACGUAAUUCCCAGGACUUACAACUUCUUUUCUAGAUACACAUUAUAUUUGUGGACGAAGUCAUCUCUAUUGUUUACUAGUGCUAUUUGGUUUCAGAUUGUUCAGAAUAUUUUAUGAUUCUUGUUGGGAAUCGUUGAGUGAUGUGUAGGAUGUCAUUCUUGUUAUCACGUUUAUCUCUGUUACAUCUAAGUAUUUAGUUAGACACUUUUAUGGGGAUUUAUUUUUUGUCUCUUAGGUUAACUCAGUUUUUCCAAUAUUUGGGAUGUAAAUGUUCAAAGGUUGAAAAUACUCAAAACAAAUCUGAAUUGAACAUGGUAGCUGAACUGGUGACACCCGUAAGAUUACCGGAUCUCAAGUCAAAUAGAGCACCACAUUGAUUUUAGCAAAACAAUUGGCGACUGUACAUAAAGUUGUUCUUUUGUU